AGCGUGUUCGUCCAAUGCCACCAUGUUGAAUGUCACUCUGGAUCAAACCAGUAACUCCUCCAUCAACUCCAGCAACCUCGGCAUGUCUCUACUGUGGUACCAGUUUGCAGGAUGCGCUGUAGCCCCUCACGGCCAUCUUUUCUACUUUGCACUGAAGGUGGUAAACCUGGUACUGGGCACACCCUGUAACGUUCUGGUUAUCUGGGACAUCGCCUCCAACAAGGCAGACACGUCAACCUCAGACAUCUUCAUCGUCAACCUGGCUGUCCUGGACGCCUACUUCUGCCUGAUGACGCCCAUAGACCUGGUCAAUCAGCUGCUGCUGAGCAAUAGUCAGAUCUGGUCCUUCCAAAGGUUUGCCUACGGGGUUAAGGACACAGCACCACUUUUUCUGGUGUGCAUCUGCCUUGACAGAUACGUGGCCGUCGUCCACCCAGUGCUGUUCUCUCGCAUCCGAGACAACAAGAUCCGCAACGGCAUUUCCGUUUUGGCCUGGAUUCUCAUCCUGGUUUAUGGCAUCAGCAAAGCCCUCCUUUCCUCCAUAAUCCUGGACAGGGUCUCUAGCGGAAUCAUCCUCUUUGCCUUUGCAGUCAUGGUCUUCUGUAACAUCUCCAUCAUCUGGGUCCUGCGGUGCUCUGUGGCUGGAAAAGAAGAGAUGCACCCAGUGAAGAAGAAGGCCUUCAAAAUGGUGCUGAUCAUCCUGGUUAUCAUUGUGGUCAACUACCUGCCGCCUGUGGCCCUCAUACCCUUCUCGGCCUACAGCUCGUCAGUGGUGUAUAAGUGCCAGAUCCGCAUCAUCGUGUUUGGCAUCAUGGAUCUGAGCUGCUGCAUGGAGCCGCUCCUCUACAUUGCCAAGAAAGAGCGUGCUGGCUGCAUGUGUUGCAGGUGGCGUUUUGAGAAGAAGCUACAUGAGGUGAAGGUGUGAUCAAAGCUGUUCCAUUUACAAUAACACCGGCUGUACCAGCGCAGGAAUCCAGGAAUCCAACGCAGAAAAACUGCAGUUUCCAACUGUUUAUUUAGUUAUUUUGGGUUUUGUUUUCUUCACCAACUGCACUAAAUGUGGUUAAGUAGUGACAGGAUACAUUAUGUGUGCACCUCUGAUACCAAAUUCAAAUUCAGUGCUUCAUUUGUGUGUAUGCAAAACAAAGCAGCAAAAUAAAUCAAACCAUUCUGCAAGACACGCAAUUAAUUUCGUUAACAAGUCCCCGCUGUGACCAUCAGGGGGCGCUACAUGAAAUACAAGUUUCUCUCAGGUCCAGGCAACAGUCGUCAGGUUUCACCAUUCUAGAAGCUGGGAUGCUAAUUAAUAGCGAACACCAAAUGAGGACGUACCGUUCAGACACUUCACAAAAUGGAAACUCUGAGCACUAAAUCACAGACAAAAAUAUAAAUAAAUAAAGAUGAGAAAGCAGAACAAGUCAAAUUUGCUCUGUCAAAAAAGGACACAGAGAAUAAGAGAACAGAAAUCACGCAACUUCCCAGCAAGCAGCAGCAUUUGGUCCACUUUAAUGAGAGCUGGAAGCGAUCCUGGUUGAGAUCAGACUGAUUAAACACUUAACACAAUUAAUGUCACAGCACAAUUAAAGGCGCACUGUGGGAUCAAUUAAAAUGGUGAAAUAAUGAGCAGCUAAGUGGUAAACAAGCUUUAAUUUGGUGCAAUUCAUUAAGACAAAAGAGUAAAGCAGCGAUGCUACAAAAACAAUAAAGUUAAUUUUGUCAGUAAAUGUUACUCUGACAAUCAGCCGCCUCUACGUAAGAUACAGAGCGCGAUGAUGUUAUCUCUGAUAAACAUCUCACAGGAUCAUCUCAAAAUGAGCAAUGCCUGGGAAGUUAUUCUCAAAAAGUAGCAAGUUAACACGCCUUGUGAGAUAAGAGAAUAACAGACUAGUUACACAUUUUAAAUUGUAGAAAACACAAAGGCACAAUAAAUGGGAUUUUUUUACUAUUUAAAAUUACAUACACAUCUAUCUAUCUAUAUAGAUACAGCUCCCAAAAUAUUUGUCAAGAAAGGAAGUACUAUUGUAAAAUAGUACCGGGAAGUACUAUUUUUUAUUUUGACGGCUGCCACUUAGGAUACGUUUGGUGUGAAUUUGUCAACAGGAUUACUCGAUC